UCCUGUUAAGAUCGGGAUGUAAUAUUUCGCGCUUUUAAUUAUUUUUUAAUAAUUGCUGAUUGAACCAUUGCAAAGAGUACAUACAUACAUGGAGUUCGAGAAAUGUUCAAUUUGCAAAAACAGUGAAAUUUAAUAGUUUAUUUAAUAGUAUUGUAUAAAAGAGAAUGUUACGAAAAUCAAUUUAAUUGUACAUAUAGUAUACAUUAUACAUCAUUGGAAAUAAAAAUUGAGAACCUGGAAAUGAAAAUUAAGAGCCUGUUCUAAAAACACUUCAGUAGAUUCAAAUAUUGACUCAUCUAGAUUAUGCAAUUAUAAUUUUUCUAAAUUUUACAGUAAGAUGCUAAAUCAACAACAUCCUCUCUUGAACACUAUAGAUUCCUAUAUAGAACCACUUUUGAAGCGUGUUUUGCAAACCAAAAGACUCGGAAUAUGUUAUGGUCUGAUAAAAUUGGACUCAGCAUCAUCAAGUUGUAAUAAAAGCAAAAAUGAUUGCUUUAAGUUAUUAAUCCCUUAUGCUGGAGAGCAUCUUGUCUGGAAUGUAUUAUUCGAUUCACAAUAUCCUGAGAUGGGUCCAGACUUUAUUUUCAAUGAUCAAAAUUUUUUAGCAGACCCAGACAUUGAUAUCUUAUCUACUAAGGUACCUAGUCUUGCUAAAUGGAAUCCUAAUGAUACUGAUGCAUUACUGAAUGUGCUAAAUGAAUUAUUAUUGUAUUACAAAGAACAUCAGUUACAUUUACUUGGAAAACAAGAACGUUUGCAAUUUGAAUACAGCACACUUGUUGGUGAAACCGAGAUACUUACAGAAGAUAUAGAAGUGAUGAUGUUACCAUUAGGAACAAAGCCUACAGAGACAAAAUUUUUAAUUCGCAUAGCAAUGGAUUAUUCUCAAUUACCUCCGCGUAUUAACAAAUCACAAAAUGAUGAAGCUAUGCUUAUUAUCACAUUUUGUGGGCCAGAUUGGAAUCGUAUUUUACCACAACUUUAUCUAUCUAAGACCUUAGAAGAUAUUUUUGGUGGACCAGAGUCUUUACGUAUUCCACCAUUUCCACCUAAUAAAUAUCUUAUGGAUUAUGUUCCUGAAGUGAAGAAGUUUAUACAAGAGAAGAUGCACAAUGUAAUACAAAGUUUUGAGAGCAGGAGAAGUUUUAUUACGGUUCUAAUUGUGUCGCAGCGUGGUAGUAUAUUGGAAUAUGAUGCUAUAGAAUUUAAUUGGAUUAGCAUGCUGAUGGAAUAUCGAGACUUUCAUUUUCUUAUACAUUUUCACCUUCCAUCAACAUUUCCAAAAGAGAAGCCGCAAGUUACAUUGCAAUCAGUAUAUCACAUGACAUCGCAAGGUACUCUAUAUAAAGAAGUGUUAGAUGAUAUACCAUACAGUCCUAGAUGGCAGAUAGUAUUGAUGGUUGAUAAAUUGUUAACAUAUAUAUUGGAAAAUGCAGUUAAAAAAUUUCAGGCAAAUUCCAUGAAAAAUCGUUUUCAAUAAUUUAUCGAAAAAUAUAUUUUAUUAUACAGAAUGUACAUAUUUAAUAGAGUUGAUAUUGUGAAAUAAAAUUAAUUAAUUCCAAUAUGAUAA